UAUAUAUAGGGUGCCUCAUCCAAGAAUGUGUUACCAAAAUAUCAGAAACAAACGAAAUUCAAGCUAUCAAUUCCCUCUUUCCCAAUGGCACACCCUGGUUCCAACACACCAACAGCUAACCCUGUAUCGAUUAUCGGCCCUCAUUUUUGUGUUCCUUACCCCAUUGAACUUGCAGUUGCCAGCAAGAUUUUGACCAUCACUGAUGGCAACUUUCUAGUUACAGACAGCAAUGGCAAUAUCAUUUUCAAAGUUAAAGGAACUUUUCUAACCAUCAAUGACCGUCGAGUCUUGCUAGACGCUGCCGGAAAUCCCAUUGUCACUCUCAAACAGAAGUUAAUAAGUGCACAUGAUAGAUGGCAAGUCUUCAGGGGAGAUAGCACGGACUCAAGUGAUCUUAUCUUUUCAGCUAAACGAUCUUCGAUGUUUCAGUUAAAGUCCAAUUUAGAUGUGUUCUUGGCAAACAACAUAAAGGAGGAUGUCUGUGAUUUUAAGGUUAAAGGCAGUUGGUUGGAAAGAUCCUGUGUUAUUUAUGCUGGAGAGUCUUCCAAAAUCGUUGCUCAAAUGCAGAAGAACCACACAGUUGAAAGCAUCUUGACAGGAAAGGACAAGUUCAUGGUGACAGUUUAUUCCAACAUCGAUUAUGCAUUCAUCGUAGCCCUUAUCGUGAUUCUUGAUGGGAUAAAUAGUACUGAGGGCGUAGGCGUUUGAGAAGGUUUCCAAUUGCUUGGAAACGAUAAAUCUUGAAUCUGUUGUUUUAUGAUAAUUUCCUUUAUGUUGUCAAAUUAGCUCUGUAUAAUUAGUUUUCCAUCAUUUGUACCCAAUUGAGUGGAUUUUUUUUUUUUUCAAUGUAAAGAAAGUAUAUGACAUGUUUUGUAUUGGAGUGAGCCUAGGAUUAACAAUUGCUUUACUUAGAGCCAAAAGUGUUGACAUAACGGUUGAAUAAAGGCGGCUUUUGUUUGAUUAAAAACAAUACUUCCUACU